AACAAUGCAGACAGGGUUUUUUCUUGUGGCUGACAACAUUCAGUGCAGAUCUUACACAACGCUGCAUUGAAAUAGAACCUGUACACCUGCCGUGGCUCAUAUGUGGGAUAAGAAGGUGUGGUGGUCUAUGUGCUGGAGUUGAGGCUGUGGCGUUGUACAGUGCUAUACUGAAGAAAAUGGAUUACCUUUCCUUGUACGAUUAGGGGCGCGGUGAGGUAAAACAACACAAUGCACAAGAAUGAAUAGAGCGAAUCAUGAUGGCAUGUGCAACGUUGAGAGUGAACCAGAAGAGUUGGCAGGUGGAUGCCAAGUCUGCGCGUCAAUAGGAAACAGGUACGAAGACGAACACAGGGGAGGUCGUCAGCACGCUAAGAUACAACUACAUGCAGAAUACAAGACUAUAAGGGGAAAGAAAAGCAAAGAAAAGUCAUCAGUUCUGGGAAAAGUAGCAAAAGCAGUGUCAGCUUUACGUAACAGUGGCGGGGGAGUGUUGCUGGUUCACUUGGAGGGGAUAUCAUCAGAAGAUAAGUGUCUCGAAUACUUUGAUGAAUUUGUAGUCAAUACAUUCACAAACUUACUUGAAGGUGGUGAACUGUAUACUGACUCAUAUGAACGUUAUUUCCUCAGCGAGAAACCGAAAUUCACAGGCGCGUUUGACUUUCUUGUAGUUGACGUUAACAAAACAGCUGGUGUAGCAACAGUUGAUUUCAACACUAAGACAAACAAUGAUAAUGAAAACCUGGUUAUAACAUCACUGAACCUUUUGGGAGUAUUGAAUAAAACAGAAACAAAAGCAAAGAACCAAGCUUCUCUUAGGAAUCUGCCAGAUAAUGUGAUAACCUUUCAUGAGAAUCGACAAAUACAGUUUAAAGCAUUUAAAGACAACACUGAAGAGAUUCAGCAGAAACAAGCUGAUGUGGGAAAAUUGACUGAUCAUAUCUGGCACAUUCUAAAGCUGAAAGAUCACAUAACUUCUAUGUCAAAGCUGGUUCAAGGCGGGUCAUACUACUUGGGUGUUAACGAAAAGAAAGUUGUCACAGAGGGAGGUUAUCAAACAAAGAUUGCAGACAUUGUUGGUUUCAAACUACACGUGAGUCAGGCAUCCUUGACAGAGAGUAUCUACAGGAAGGUUGAGACUGAUCUGUCUAUAUUGACAAAGCAGGGCAAGUUUACAGACGCUCCGAGAAACCUGAUAAACAUAGAAUUCUACUCUAUCCAACAAUCUGAGCUAUUUGUUAUGGAAGUUGCUAUUCGAUAUUGCGAUGGCGUUGUGUUUUAUGAUAGAGAUGGGCCGAGAUCCUACAUUCUUGAUGAAAAACUCAACACGGUAAGACGAAUGAACAAUGUUGAAUGGCUUGAGAAAUUCCGUAGCACUCAUACAUUCUAACUUGAAAGGAGCAUAUAUUUAAUAGUAUAUCAUAUUAUGGAAAACAUGCUGUUCAGUAUUCAUCAGCUGUAGUCAGGCAGCACCACCAGCUAUAAUCAAGUAGAACCAUCAGCUGUACUCAAGUAGCACCACCAGCUGUACUCAAGUAGAACCAUCAGCUGUACUCAGGUAGCAACAUCAGCUCUACUCAAGUAGCACCAUCAGCUGUACUCAAGUAGCACCAUCAGCUGUACACAAGUAUCACCACCAGCUGUACACAAGUAGCACCAUCAGCUGUACACAAGUAGCACCACCAGCUGUACUCAAACAGCACCACCAACUGUACUCAAGUAGCACCACCAGCUGUACUCAAGUAGCACUAUUAGCUGUACUCACGCAACACCAUGUCCGACAGCAGUAGUGACACCUCAGUCGGGUCCUGCCUAUACCAGUCUGACGAGGAAGCAAUGACAUACGUCAUGGUUGGAGAAGACACAAAUACAGGUUCAGGAGACACAUGUACAAGACACAGUAAUGACAGUAACACGGUAGGACUUGAAGAGCAGUAUAACAAACCAAGCCUUGACGGAGCAGGAUGUUCAACAGACAUACCUCAAGGUACCCUCGUCAGACUUGAGGAAGAAAAUAUUCAACUGAAAAAGAAGCUGGAGUCCUUCAACCGGCUGUCUCUUGCUUCUGUGGACAGUGGCUUUCACAGUGAAACAAGCAGUCUGGCAUCCUGGGGCAGGGAUCCAAUUACUCACAGACGUAACCAGGAUACAGAAGACCCUUUGGGCAUGAUUAAAGACAAUCUAAAGAGGGUUUGCAAUCCUAAAGCGCCAAAACAGAAAGUGACAGAGAACACCCUACAUGCUGAUACAGACCUCCAUCUUGCCUGCAAGAAGGGAGACCUUGACCGGCUUACGUGCAUCUUAUCUGAGAGUCUGGUAAACCUCAAUAUUAGGGGCCAGUACGGGCGGACACCCCUGAUGAUGGCAGCAGAGAAAGGACACAGACAAGUGAUCGACCUACUUGUGACACAAGGAGCUGAUGUAUCAUUAGUGGAUUAUGACAGAAACGACAUCCUUCAUGUGGCCUGUCUUGGAGGACAUGUAGACUUGGUGAAGUAUGUCCUCUCAAAAAAGGUUGCAGACAUCAACAAUAGGGGCCAGUACGGGGGGACACCCCUGAUGAUGGCAGCAGAGAAGGGACACAGACAAGUGUUUGACCUACUUAUGACACAAGGAGCUGAUGUAUCAUUGGUGGAUUAUGACAGAAACAACAUCCUUCACGUGGCCUGUCUUGGAGGACAUACAGAUAUGGUGAAGUAUAUCCUCUCACAGAAGGUUGCAAACAUCAACAGUAGGGGGCAGUACGGGUGGACACCCCUGAUGAUGUCAGCAGAGAAGGGACACAGACAAGUGUUUGACUUACUUGUGACACAAGGAGCUGAUGUAUCAUUAGUGGAUUAUAACAGAAACAAAAUCCUUCAUGUGGCCUGUCUUGGAGGACAUACAGAUAUGGUAAAGUAUGUCCUCUCACAGAAGGUUGCAGACAUCAACAGUAGAGGCCAGUACGGGCGGACACCCACGAUGAUGUCAGCAGAGAAGGGACACAGACAAGUGUUUGACUUACUUGUGACACAAGGAGCUGAUGUAUCAUUAGUGGAUGAUAACAGAAACAACAUCCUUCAUGUGGCCUGUCUUGGAGGACAUGUAGACAUGGUGAAGUAUAUCCUCUCAAAAAAGGUUGCAGACAUCAACAUUAGGGGGAAAUAUGGGUGGACACCCCUGAUGAAGGCAGCAGAGAAGGGACACAGACAAGUAUUUGACUUACUUGUGACACAAGGAGCUGAUGUAUCAUUAGUGGAUGAUAACAGAAACAACAUCCUUCAUGUGGCCUGUCUUGGAGGACAUGUGGACAUGGUGAAAUAUGCCCUCUCACAGAAGGUUGCAGACAUCAACAGUAGGGGGCACAACGGGAGGACACCCCUGAUGAAGGCAGCACAGAAGGGACACAGACAAGUGUUUGACCUACUUGUGACACAAGGAGCUGAUGAAUUUUUAGUGGAUGAGAACAGAAACGACAUCCUUCAUUUUGCCUGUCUUGGAGGACAUGUAGACAUGGUGAAAUAUGUUCUUUCACAGGAGGUUGCAGACAUCAACAGUAGGGGGCACAACGGGAGGACACCCCUGAUGGUGGCAGCAGAGAAGGGACACAGACAAGUGUUUGACUUACUUAUGAGAGAAGGAGCUGAUGUAUCAUUAGUGGAUUAUGACAGAAACAACAUCCUUCAUGUGGCCUGUCUUGGAGGACAUACAGACAUGGUGAACUAUGUCCUCUCACAGAAGGUUGCAGACAUCAACAGUAGGGGGAAGUACAGGAGGACACCCUUGAUGAAGACAGCGGAGAAAGGACACAGACAAGUGUUUGACUUACUUGUGAGAGAAGGAGCUGAUACAUCAUUAGCGGAUGAGAACAGAAACAACAUCCUACAUGUUUCCUGUCUUGGAGGACAUGUAGACAUGGUGAAGUAUGUCCUUUCGCAGAAGGUUGCAGACAUCAAUAGUAGGGGAAAGUACUGGAGGACACCCCUAAUGAUGGCGGUCGGUGCGGGACACAGACAAGUGUUUGACCUACUUAUGACACAAGGAGUUGAUGUAUCAUUAGUGGAUGAUAACAGAAACAACAUCCUUCAUGUGGCCUGUCGUGGAGGACAUGUGGACAUGGUGGAGUAUUUCCUCUCACAGAAGGUUGCAGACAUCAACAGCAGGGGGCAAUACGGGAGGACACCCCUGAUGGCGACAGCAGAGAAGGGACACAGACAAGUGUUUGACUUACUUGUGACAGAAGGAGCUGAUGUAUGUUUAGUGGAUGAUAACAGAAACAACAUCCUUCAUGUGGCCUGUCUUGGAGGACAUGUAGACAUGGUGAAGUAUAUCCUCUCACAGAAGGUUGCAGACAUCAACAGUAGGGGGAAGUACUGGGGGACACCCCUGAUGAAGACAGCACAGAAGGGACACAAACAAGUGUUUGACUUACUUGUGGGAGAAGGAGCUGAUGUAUCAUUAGUGGAUAAAAACAGAAACAACAUCCUUCAUGUAGCCUGUCUUGGAGGACAUGUGGACAUGGUGAAGUAUGUCCUCUCAAAAAAGGUUGCAGACAUCAACAGUAGGGGGCACAACGGGAGGACACCCCUGAUGGUGGCAGCAGAGAAGAGACAUAGACAAGUGUUUGACCUACUUGUGAGAGAAGGAGCUGAUGUAUCAUAAGUUGAUGAGAACAGAACAAACAUCCUUCAUGUGGCCUGUCUUGGAGAACAUGUAGACAUGGUGAAAUAUGUCCUCUCACAGAAUGUUGCAGACAUCAACAGUAGGGGGAAGUACUGGGGGGCACCCCUGAUGAAGACAGCAGAGAAGGGACACAGACAAGUGUUUGACUUACUUGUGGGAGAAGGAGCUGAUGUUUCAUUAGUGAAUGAAGACGGAGACAACAUUCUUUAUGUUGCCUGUCUUGGAGGACAUGUGGACAUGGUGAAGCAUGUCCUCUCACAGAAGGUUGCAGACAUCAACAGUAGGGGAGGACACCCCUGAUGGUGGCAGCAGAGAAGUGUUUGACUUACUUGUGACACAAGGAGCUGAUGUAGCCUUGGUGGAUGAUGACGGAGACACCAUCCUUCAUUUGGCCUCUCUAAGAGGUGAUGCAGAAAUGGUGAAGCAUGUCCAUGCACUGAAUGUGGUGAACAUCGAUGACAGACAUGACCAUGUUGAUACAGAUAUUGUAGCCACAGCAGUCACGUCUGACAGGGAACAACAAAUAGUGACAUAGUACUGGUUUGUGUGUGUCUGAUUUCCUAUCAAAGAAAAAAGGUCUUGCAGCUCACUUAUAUACAUCUUCACAUGAUUUUGUAACGGAUAUCCACGUGAUAUGACAAAAUAUAACAUAUUUUGUGGCUUGGUGUUUCCCUGAAUGAAGUAGCAUGUACGUAGAAAAACGCUAUGAUCGAACGAUUGCAUCCAAAUGUGAGCGAGACAUGUAGGGGGUCUCAGCUGUCCAGUCCAAUGUCCGUCUGCCUCCUCGUCGGAGAUAAUCGGUGAAGACCUUGGUGCGAUAUGGCUUGACAUUGCCAUCUAGCAGUUCAGCCUUUUUGCAGGUAAUUCCAGCUAAUGGAACAACAUCGUUGGCCAGGGAAAUGUCAAAUGACAAUAAUCAAAUCUGUUCCCAUGCCAUGUGUGAAACCGCCCCACACCAUGCCACCACCAUCCCCAUACCAACCAAAUAUCGUAUAAUCCGUGCGGAUGAAUAGUUAUGUAAAGGGUACACGUAUAGUGUCAGAUGUGGUUCUUGUAGUGGAGCGCGAGAACGCCACAGACCACCACGACACCUUAGGCCAAGGUUUGGCGCAACUACUUCAUACUUUUUAACAUUCGUGGAUUGUAAAACUGUGUGGUUUAUUAAAAACAUUUAAUCUGUGGUACAUAUUUGAAUUAUGUUGUUUAGCAUAUUAUAUAUUGUAAAUGCAAAUAUGGAGUAAACUCUCUAAAAAAGGUUUUUUAACUUGUUUUCAGCUAUUACUCCUGUUAUUAUUAGUGGUAGUGGUAUUAGUGGUAUUAGUGUAUACGGUGUAUUUAGACGUGUUCAAAAUACUUUGAAUUAAUGGUGCUGGAUGAGACUCCCAGCAUCCCGGGUACAGUCCUUCCACUGUACAUGUCAUACAGGCAGGACACUCCGUCCUACCCUGGGGACAACUUGGUACGCACCUUGAUGUGUAGCUGGGAGAACGUCUGAAGGGAGGCAGGCAUGACCUACCACACGGUUGCUGUGGUCAGUGUAGAUGUCCUACAGGCAGGACAUUCCUUCCUACCCUGGGACAACUUGGUACGCACCUAGAUGUACAGCUGGGAGAACAUGAGAAGGGAGGCAGGCAUGACCUACCACACGGUUGCUGUGGUCAGUGUAGAUGUCCUUCAGGCAGGACAUUCCUUCCUACCCUGGGCACAACUUGGUACGCACCUAGAUGUUUAGCUGGGAGAACGUCUGAAGGGAGGCAGGCAUGACCUACCACAAGGUUGCUGUGGUCAGUGUAGAUGUUAUACAGGCAGGACAUUCCUUCCUACCCUGGGGACAACUUGGUACGCACCUAGAUGUAUAGCUGGGAGAACGUCAGAAGGGAGGCAGGCAUGACCUACCACACGGUUGCUGUGGUCAGUGUAGAUGUUGCCUUCAAAGUGUUGUAUCAGAGUUUUUGAAUGUAGUAUUCAGAGUUUAGUGUUUGUUUCGUUGUUUAAUGCCGCUCUCAGCAAUAUUCCAGCUAUAUGACGGCGGUCUGUAAAUAAUCGAGUCUGGACCGAACAACCCAGUGAUUGACCUAAUGAGCAUUGAUCUAUUGGGACACGAUGACAUGCAUCAACCAAGUCACAGGUCCAGAGUGUAUUGAGUGAAUGCAGUGUUCACUAGUGCUGUAUCUACAAAUACUUCGAUAUGACCUGUGGUCAUUAAUGACAAUACAUUGACUGAGGUCAAUUCAACAUUCCCAUUGUAACUAUUUGUUGUUCUCUUUAACAUUCAGAGUGUGUCGUGAUAGACCGGAACUAUAUUUUGUUGUUGGACAAUGCCCUUACACAUGUCAGUCAUCACUGUAUGAUUGUGAUGUGAAAUAAGAUGUGAUAUGUUUUAUACCUGAACCUUUGAGAUUGCAUUGUGUGUAUAUGUAAUUGUAUUUGAUUUGCUGUGGUAUAGCCAACGAUGGCUGUUGUACCAAUGUUUGUAUGUGUAGACAAGUAGUAGUGGUAUUAGUAUUAAUAGAAGUAGACAUUAGUUUAGUUGUUGUGUUGUAGUGGAAGCAGCGGUUGUCGGACAGUGUUCAGUUUACUGGUGGAGUAAGGUUGCAUUAGUAGGAGUAGUUCGUAGAUAUUUAUGUAAAUAUCUUUUCUCUUUGGAAUAAAUGAUGUUUUAAAAUUUU